CAGUUCUUACCCAUACCUUAUAAAUACAACAGGUAUAGAAAUAUGAACACAGCAAUAAAUGAGCAAUUCACACAAGUUUCAGGUUUAUUAAUUACGUAAAGCAAAUGAGUGGACGUGUAGGAGAUCUCAGUCCUAACCAGGCUGCGGCUCUGGAACAGUUUUGUGAGAGAAUUGAAGAUGUAUAUGCCCAGCUUCCUAAUCAAAGCGACCAUUACAUGCUUCGCUGGCUCCGAGCCAGAAGCUUCAAUGUCCUGAAGGCUGAAGCAAUGCUGAGAAAGCAUUUGGAAUUUCGCAAGCGUUUGCAAGUAGAUUCAAUCCUAGAAGACUGGAAGCCACCAGAGGUAAUCGAGCACUACGUGUCUGGCGGGAUGUGCGGCUAUGAUCGAGAGGGAAGUCCAGUCUGGUAUGACAUUAUUGGCCCCCUUGAUCCAAAAGGCCUCCUCAUGUCUGCCACCAAGCAAGACUACAUCAAGACCAAAAUUAGAGACUGUGAGCUUCUUCGGAGAGAGUGCUUAAGGCAGUCUGAGAGGCUUGGGAAAACAGUGGAGUCCAUUACUCUUAUUUAUGAUUGUGAAGACCUUGGCCUUAAACAUAUCUGGAAGCCUGCAGUUGAAGCAUACGGAGAAAUUCUGACCAUGUUUGAGGAAAACUAUCCUGAGGGCCUUAAGAGGAUUCUUCUUAUUAAAGCUCCUAAAAUCUUUCCUAUUGCCUACAACUUGAUCAAGCCAUUCCUGUGUGAAGAGACUCGGCAAAAGAUUGUCAUCAUUGGCUCCAACUGGAAAGAAGUACUGCAGAAAUACAUAGCAUCAGAUCAACUGCCCGUGGUCUAUGGAGGCACAUUGACGGAUCCAAAUGGGAACCCUUACUGUAAAACUAUGAUUAAGUAUGGUGGUGUAGUGCCAAAGUCCUACUACAUAAAAUAUUCUGUCGAUGUGCAGUAUGAAAAGUGCAUCACCAUCAGCCGUGGUUCUGACCACCAGCUGGAGUAUGAAGUCCUUGUCCCUAACUGCUUAUUAAGAUGGCAGUUUGCUAGUGAUGGUAGUGAUAUUGGUUUUGGCAUCUACAUGAAGACUAAAGCAGGAGUCAAACAGAAAAUCACAGAAAUGCAGGAAGUAUUGCCAACUACACGUUAUAAUGCACAUCUAGUGCCAGAGGAUGGAUCAUACACAUGUGAAGAACCAGGCAUCUAUGUGCCACGAUUUGAUAACACUUACAGUAUUCUUCAGUCAAAGAAGAUAAGCUUCACGAUGGAUGUUGUUCUACCUGAAAUACCCACUCAGAACUUAGAAGAAAAGGCAUGACUUGAGAGUACUUCACGUAGCCAAUAUGAGACAAGGUCACUGUCUAGUAAUGAUUAAUUUUUUUGAAGUUAAAUCAAAAAAUUUCUCUUUGUUUUUCACUUGAUUUUUGUUUGUUGCUAUAUCACAUUAAUGGUGGGAAAUGAUCUGACAUGAUUUAUCUUGGUUUCAUUUGUUUUGUUUUUACAUCACAAAAAAAAGUGUGUAUUAUAUCCACAAAGUUUUAUAUCCACUGUACGAAAGUAGGCCUACACACUUAAGGUGCAGAUAAUACUUUGUUUUGGAUGAUUAGUAAUGUUAUCAUGUGUAUUAAAAGAAAGACAAGUUUACUUUUAUUUUCAACUAUAACUUUAUUGACAUUUGAGUAAUAAAUAAUAUGUUUUAGGCAAAAGAA